CGUGCCAACUGUCGUGAAAGCACAUCGACGCAGAAAGAAGCCAGAAGGACGCUAAUAAGUCAGUCUUAUUAUUUGUUCUCCAGUUUGUAAAAAUGUAUGUCGUAUAAAAUACAUCUUUGAGUCUUUAAUUCUGGAAAAAACCCGUCUCGGUGAGCGAGAACCUUAUCGUUCUAGCAAGUUUAGCUAGCUUAGCUUGUUAGCUGCUAACAAAGAGACGCGGACGUUAUCAACACAUCGCUAAGUAGAGAUCUAAUGUGAGUGUAAAGUGUUGUGAUUGUGUGAACAUGUGAGUGUAAAGUGUUGUGAUUGUGUGAACAUGUGAGUGUAAAGUGUUGUGAUUGUGUGAACAUAUGCGAAAGAACGAUAGCAGAUUACCAGGCGGAACUUUCUAGAACAAAAGAGGAGAACAAUCAACUACUGGACACUGUUUUCAAGAAACAUCAAGUUGUGUUACACACAACAGACGUCCAGCAGCCCCUUCACAUUAAAGAGGAAGAGGGGGAUCCACACAUGAAAGAGGAAGAGGAGGGCGAGUGUCCUGUAGGGCAGGAGGAGGAUGAUGUCAGCAAGUUUCCACUGAUUGUUGUCUCUAUGAAGACUGAAGAGCAUGAAGACAAAGCACCUGAGUCCUCACAGCUUCAUCACAGUCCAAACGUCCAGCAGCCCCUUCACAUUAAAGAGGAAGAGGAGGAUCCACAGCCCACCCACAUGAAAGAGGAAGAGGAUGAUCCACAGCCCACCCACAUUAAAGAGGAAGAGGAUGAUCCACAGCCCACCUACAUUAAAGAGGAAGAGGAUGAUCCACAUACCACCAACAUUAAGGAGGAGGAGGAUCCACAGCCCCCCCACAUGAAAGAGGAAGAAGGAGAGUGUGUUGUAGGGCAGGAGGAGGAUGAUGUCAGCAAGUUUCCACUGACUGUUGUCUCUGUGAAGACUGAAGAGCAUGAAGACAAAGCACCUGAGUCCUCACAGCUUCAUAACAGUCCAAACGUUCAGCAGCCCCUUCACAUUAAAGAGGAAGAGGAGGAUCCACAGCCCACCUACAUUAAAGAGGAAGAGGAGGAUCCACAACCCACCUACAUUAAAGAGGAAGAGGAGGAUCCCCACAUAAAAGAGGAAGAGGAGGAUCCCCACAUGAAAGAGGAAGAGGAGGGAGAGUGUCCUGUAGGGCAGGAGAAGGAUGAUGUCAGCAAGUUUCCACUGACUGUUGUCUCUGUGAAGACUGAAGAGCAUGAAGACAAAGCACCUGAGUCCUCACAGCUUCAUCACAGUCCAAACGUCCAGCGGGUGUCAGCGGGGAGUCAUGAAGAGGAGUGGCACACCAGUGUGGGACAGAAGGAGCUACAAGCCCCCUCCCACAUUAAAGAGGAGCAGCUUCAUGAUGAAGAUGAAGCUCAGUCCUUACAGCUUCAUCACAGUCAAAGUGAGGAGAACAGAGGGGCGGAGCUUGUAAGUCAACACAUCACAGAAGCUGAUGGAGAGCAUUGUGAAGAUAUAAAGUCAGAAUCAGACAGCAUCUUUGCUCCACUGUCAGACAUGGACCACAUGAUGUCACACUCUUCUGAUCACAGUGACCACAUCCAAAAACCUUUGGAGAGUAAAAAUGACUCUAAAGGUGAUACGAGACAUCACACUAACAACAAACACUUUGACUGCUCUGAAUGUGGGAAAUCAUUUAGACAGAAGAAUGAUUUUACAAGACACAUGCGAUUACACACUGGAAAGAAACCUUUCACUUGCUCCGUUUGUAAGAAGAGUUUCUCCAGAAAGCGUAACAUGACCACACACAUGAGAACACACACUGGAGAGAAACCUUUUACUUGCUCUGUUUGUAAGAAGAGUUUCUCCACAAAACCUAACAUGACCACACACGUGAGAACACACACUGGAGAGAAACCUUUUACUUGCUCUGUUUGUAAGAAGAGUUUCUCCACAAAGGGUGACAUGACCAGACACAUGAGGAGGACACACACUGGAAAGAAACCUUUUGCUUGCUCAGCUUGUGCUAAAAGAUUCAACACCAAGUAUGAAAUUAUAUUACACAUGAGAACACACACAGGUGAGAAACCUUUUACUUGCUCUGUUUGCAAGAAGAGUUUCUCCAGAAAGGAACGCAUGACCACACACAUGAGAACACACACUGGAGAGAAACCUUUUGCUUGCUCAGCUUGUGCUAAAAGAUUCAACACCAAGUAUGAAAUUAUAUCACACAUGAGAACACACACAGGUGAGAAAACUUUUACUUGCUCUGUUUGUAAGAAGAGUUUCUCCAGAAAGGAACGCAUGACCACAUACAUGAGAACACACACUGGAGAGAAACCUUUUACUUGCUCUGUUUGUAAGAAAAGUUUCUCCAGAAAGGAACGCAUGACCACACACAUGAGAACACACACCGGAGAGAAACCUUUUGCUUGCUCAGCUUGUGCUAAAAGAUUCAACACCAAGUAUGACAUGAUAUUACACAUGAGAACACACACAGGUGAGAAAACUUUUACUUGCUCUGUUUGUAAGAAGAGUUUCUCCAGAAAGGAACGCAUGACCACACAUAUGAGAACACACACUGGAGAGAAACCUUUGCUUGCUCAGCUUGUGUUAAAAGAUUCAAUACUAAGAAUGACAUGAUAUUGCACAUGAGAGCCCACACAGGUGAGAAACCUUUUUCUUGCUCUGUUUUAGUAAGAUUUAGUAGAGAACAUCGACGAUAAAGUUCACAACUUUUGGUCACUGAUAAAAAAGCCUUGCCUGUACCGGAAGUAGCAGACGAGUAGCGUGACGUCACAGGUUGUGGAGCUCCUCACAUCCGCACAUUGUUUACAAUCAUGGCCACCAGCAGCGAGAGCGAUUUGGACUGAGAAAGCGACGAUUUCCCCAUUAAUUUGAGCGAGGAUGAAAUAUUCGUGGAUGAGGAAAGUGAGAGUGAAGGACUAGAGGGCAGUGGGAGCGAUUCAGAUAGGGAAGAUGCUGUGAGAGGCGGGUGGGACCUGAUAUUCAGCUAGGAAUAGCAGUAAAUAAACACAAGGCAUAUAUAUACUCUAUUAGCCACAACACAACCAGGCUUAUAUUUAAUAUGCCACAAAUUAAUCCCGCAUAACAAACACCUCCCCCCUCCCGUCCAUAUAACCCGCCAAUACAACUCAAACACCUGCACAACACACUCAAUCCCACAGCCCAAAGUACCGUUCACCUCCCCAAAGUUCAUACAGCACAUAUAUUUCCCCAAAGUUACGUACGUGACAUGCACAUAGCGGCACGCACGUACGGGCAAGCGAUCAAAUGUUUGGAAGUGUACUCACGGUACCGCGUCUGCGUAUCCAACUCAAAGUCCUCCUGGUAAGAGUCUCUGUUGUCCCAGUUCUCCACAGGCCAAUGGUAAAGAUUGACUGUCAU